AAACGCCAUCGUUCUCAAACCCUAACCCUAGUUUCUCCGUCGUCUUCCUCUCGCUUCUCCCUGAGAUCUCGAACCCUAGAUACCUUCGGCGCUGAUCACCAGGCUCAAAGAUGUGGCGGCCAUCAUUCGGGAAGGACGGGGACCUGGAGUCCGGCCCCCGGCCGCUGUAUCCGAUGAUGCUGGAGAGCCCGGAUCUACGAUGGGCCUUCAUCCGAAAGAUUUACUUCAUCCUCGCAACCCAAUUGCUCCUCACCGUCGCCGUGGCCGCCGUCGUCGUCACCGUUCGCCCUAUCUCCCACUUCUUCGUCUCUUCCACCGCUGGCUUGGGGCUCUAUAUUUUCCUCAUUAUAUUCCCAUUUAUCUUGCUGUGUCCUCUUUACUACUAUCAUCAGAAGCAUCCGGUGAAUUUCUUGCUUCUUGGAUUGUUCACGGUGUCGAUAAGUUUUGCUGUUGGGAUGACAUGCGCUUUUACUAGUGGGAAGGUGAUCCUGGAAGCAGCUAUUCUUACAGCAGUAGUGGUCAUUGGUCUCACCCUUUACACUUUCUGGGCGGUAAAGAGAGGGCAGGACUUCAACUUUUUGGGUCCUUUCCUUUUUGCUUCCGUCUUGGUAUUAAUGGUUUUUGCUCUUAUUCAGAUUUUCUUCCCACUUGGCAAGAUAUCGGUCAUGAUCUAUGGAGGUUUGGCCGCCAUUAUCUUCUGUGGUUACAUCGUCUAUGAUACUGACAAUUUGAUCAAACGUUACACGUAUGAUGAGUACAUCUGGGCUGCAGUUGCAUUAUAUCUAGAUGUUAUCAAUCUCUUCCUCUCCCUGCUCACCCUAUUAAGAGCAGCUAAUGAUUAAGCAAACAAAGUCCAUAUUCAGAUCGUGAUAAGUAUCUCGGACUUUAAUGCAUAUAGUUAAAUCAAAUGUAUCUGUUCCUCUUGAUUGAACUGUAAAAAUUGAAGAAAUUAAGGUAGAUGGAAGUGGUAAGAAAUGUGAACAUUUUUCAUUUGCAUCUUUCUCAAGCAUAUGGUAUUCUUUGCAGUUGGUUGUCUACAUUAGAUGAAUUCAAUAUAAUUUCACGUCAAUGUACCUUGCAUGGUCACAAAUUUUAGUUUUC